UCUUUCUCUCUCCCUCUCUCUCUCCCUCUCAGCGCGCGCGCGGGUUUGCCACCGCUUCCGGCGAUGCGCUCUGAUCAAACAGGAGUUUUGUAGCCACAAUCGGCCGCUCGUCUUGUUGGCUAGUGUAACUCGUUUUUGCCAGUUAUGGAAGAGUACGCGAAGCAGUUCAAAGCGAAAGUCGAGGAAAUGCAAAGCCGCGUUCAGACGCAAAUGUUGCCUGUAGAGAAGAAGACCUGGCAGUGUGUCGUGGACUGCUACAGCAAGGGCAAGGACUACAAUUCCGUCCAUCAAUGCGCUGAUUCAUGCCAGUCGCAGCUUCAGAGUGCGUCCAAAAAGGUAGCAGGAGAGUUUGAAGCGCUGCAAAGUUCCAUCCAAGCCUGCCAGCAGAGCAAGCAGAAGAUGUUGGAGCCAAGGUUCGAGGCCGCCAGAACCGAUCAGAAGUUGCAGGACGCCCUCCAGAAGGAGUUCGAAGACGGAGUGCGCAGGUGCAUGCAGGAAGCAGAGCCGAUGCUUCCUGGCAUUGAGAAGCGCAUCAAGGAUCACCUUAGGGUUUGAUUUUGGGGCUAUCAAGUAGAUCUCCACCUGAAAGCGCUUCCGCUAAUCGUAGGGGGACGACGAGAAUGCGGGACUCGACGUUGUGUCGGUCAGUGGCAACGGGUGAUUCAAUCAGCUGAGCUUUGGUGGGUGUGUGAGAGCGGCCAUGGCCACCGUCAGCACCAACGAUUAUCUUUGGAUCCACAAGCACGAACCCUGAACAUCGCAGUCUGGCAUCUUCUGCCCCGCUUCUCUUACAUUCUCCUCGCCGCGCCCCGCAAGUCACGCCCCUCCAUCUGAGGGGUCAGGAGGAGGAUGAGACCAUCAUGCGGGGGAGAAUGAGG